AACCUCUGUGCCACUAGCAGGCUUCUGUGCAGGCCAUAAGGAAAGCUUCGGAUGACAGGACAGGCGUGCAGACCUCAAGAGGGACCUUGGGCAGCAAACACUCCCUUGAAGGGCAGGUUGCAAUGCCGGGUUGGCUCAUGGAGGCAGCAGAGGUGGCCUUGGCCAGGCCUGGGCGGCAUCAGCCUCCAGCAGCAACAGCAAGGCGCUGGCCGUUCCACUUGCCCAUAAGAACAGCGGCCACUAGUACCCAGGGGAUGACUAGAGGCCAGACCACAGGUGAGUCCCCAGUAAACCUUGUGGGCAGCAGCCAGGAGCCCUGCCUUGCAAGGAGCAUGCACAGGAACAUGUGUAAACCAAGACAUGGCUGGGGUUGGAGAAAUUAACAAGGCUUAGGCACCCAAAGAGCUGGGACAAUUACAGAAGCAGCAGAGUUGCAGAACUAAUUCAGAAAUGGAGACUGGGAGAGAGAAAAGAUGACCAAUCCAGAAGUCUGGGGGUGGAGGGCUGUCAGCUCAUAGGAGCACCAGGGGUGGUCCUGAUGGUCUCAAAUAAGGCAGUGACACCAGUGAGAGUGGCCAAGGGGUGACAGGAAAGAGCCCAUGGCUGCCAAGGAGGCUUGUGGUCACACCUAGAUCUCAUCUGUACUCUGCCCAGUGAUCUCAGUCUAGUAUUGUGGCUAGGUGUGUCAUGAUGCCCACCUUUUGCAUGGCUGCAGGGCCAGUCGGACUUCAUCUCAUCAGGCAUCUAGUUGUAGCCUUCUAAUAUCAUUCAGGAGCAACUCAUCAGUCAGGCGGCUGAGAGUUAGCCAAGUCCUUGUGGGAGCCAUUCAUGACUCCCUGACUCCUAUAACUUGUUUAGUCCUACGUCCCCAGCAGUCACGUGAUCCCUGUGCAGGGCUGAGAACAGGAUGCACCAAGGAGGCUCGCAAGGCAGCGUUUAGAGGCUGGAUUGCUUCUAGACCGCCCGGGUCUGGCUUACUCGCUAUAACACUAGGGAACUGCCGCUGCAGAGGCUCAGUUUUCCCAUUCACAAAAUGGGGACGGACAGAUGGGGGAGCCGGUGGGGCGGGGGUAGGGCUCUAGCGCAGCCACCAGGUGGGGCGGGGCCGAGGGCGGGGCGGGGCGGGACUCGGGUCCCCAAUAGCGCAGCGGCGGCGGCAGCGGCGGCGGCGCGUGCGCGCCCCGGACCGCGCGGGCACAAAAAGAAGGCUACCUCACUUAUAGAUGCAGACCAUGUGGGGCUCCAGAGAACUGCUUGUAGCAUGGUUUCUAGUAUUGGCAGCAGAUGGUACUUCUGAACAUGUCUACAGACCCAGCCGUAGAGUGUGCACUGUGGGGGUUUCCAGAGGUUCCGUCUCAGAGACCUUUGUGCAGCGUGUGUACCAGCCUUACCUCACCACUUGUGAUGGACACAGAGCCUGCAGCACCUACCGAACCAUCUACCGGAUUGCCUAUCGCCGUAGCCCUGGGCUGACUGCCACAAGGCCUCGCUAUGCCUGCUGCCCUGGUUGGAAGAGGACCAGCGGGCUUCCUGGGGCUUGUGAAGCGGCAAUAUGCCAGCCUCCAUGUGGGAAUGGAGGGAGUUGCAUCCGCCCAGGCCACUGCCGCUGCCCUGUGGGAUGGCAGGGAGAUACUUGCCAGACAGAUGUUGAUGAAUGCAGUACAGGAGAGGCCAGUUGUCCCCAGCGUUGUGUCAAUACUGUGGGGAGUUACUGGUGCCAGGGUCGGGAGGGGCAAAGCCUAUCUGCAGAUGGGAUGCUCUGCCUGUCUAAGGAGGGGCCCUCCCUGGUGGCCCCAAACCCCACCGCAGGAGUGGACAGCAUGGUGAGAGAGGAGGUGUACAGGCUGCAGGCCCGGGUUGAUGUGCUAGAACAGAAGCUGCAGUUGGUGCUGGCCCCACUGCACAGCCUGGCCUCUCGGUCCACAGAGCAUGGGCUACAAGAUCCUGGCAGCCUGCUGGCCCACUCAUUCCAGCAGCUGGACCGAAUUGAUUCACUGAGUGAGCAGGUCUCCUUCUUGGAGGAACAGCUGGGGUCCUGCUCCUGCAAAAAAGAUCUGUGAUAGCCUCUCACCGCCCAGGUUGGAUUGAGCAGUCACCCCUUGGUCCCUUCUGGCCAGAAUUUAGGUGCUGUCUGUCUAGUGGUGCCUGUGAGCAGAAGGCCCUGCUUGUUUGUCCCUGUCUUACGAGAUUCCUAGGACUUGGGCAUUAGGGAGUGGGGCUUCCAGGAAAGGUAUGAGAGCUUGCUGUCUAAGAGGUAAGGUGGGGAUUGUCUCCAUCUUUGUCAUAAUAAAGCUGGGACUUGAGCUGCU